AUGGGUUACUACAGAGGAAUUAAAUUAAAACCCAGACCACGUCCUCGGACCCCUCAGACCCAGACCACCCCCUCAGACCCAGACCACGUCCUCGGACCCCUCAGACCCAGACCACCCACUCAGACCCAGACCACCUACUCGGACCCCUCAGACCCCUCAGACCCAGACCACCCACUCAGACCCAGACCACCUACUCGGACCCCUCAGACCCCUCAGACCCAGACCACCCACUCAGACCCAGACCACCUACUCGGACCCCUCAGACCCCUCAGACCCAGACCACGUCCUCGGACCCAGACCACGUCCUCGGACCCCUCAGACCCAGACCACCCCCUCAGACCCAGACCACGUCCUCGGACCCCUCAGAUCCAGACCCCGUCCUAUGACCCAUCAGACCCAGACCACCUCCUCGGACCCCUCAGACCCAGACCACCUCCUCAGACCCCUCAGACCCAGACCACCUCCUAUGACCCCUCAGACCCAGACCACCUCCUCAGACCCCUCAGACCCAGACCACCUCCUAUGACCCCUCAGACCCAGACCACCUCCUCAGACCCCUCAGACCCAGACCACCUCCUCGGACCCCUCAGACCCAGACCAUGUCCUAUGACCCCUUAG